AUGGCAGUUAAACAUUUGGAAUCUCAAGGGAGGCUUACAAAGGAUAAGAAAAAGAAGGAGGAAAAAAAUCCUCGAAACAUUCAGGAAGGUGGAGGUAAAUAUCCCUUUGCUCAACGCUAUCAAAAAAAUCCCUCGGGAAAAGGAAAAUUCCUCAAGGAAUUGUGUACUAGCAAGAGGAGGUUAAUAGGUAACAAAAAAGUAAAUGUAGGAGAAAAUGUCUCCGCAGUACUGCAAAAGAAAGUUCCGCCCAAAUACAAUGACCAAUGUGUGUUUGCUAUUUCCUGUGAGAUAGGUAAUGUAGGCAUUAAGAAAGCCAUGUGUGAUUUAGGGGCUUCCAUUAAUGUUAUGCCUUAUUCUAUUUAUAAGUUGAUUAACGCGGGUCCUUUGAAAAAGACAGGAGUAAUAAUCCAAUUGGCGGAUAGGUCAGUCAUCUAUCCCGAAGGGUUGCUUGAAGACGUUCUUGUUAAAGAUAACGAAUUAGUUUUCCCUGUAGAUUUCUACAUUAUUAAUAUGGAGGACGAUAACUCAACUAAUUCAUCUGACAUUUUGCUUGGAAGGCCGUUCCUAAGUACCGCAAGCGCAAAAAUUGAUGUUUAG